AGGCCUUCUGAAGACCAACUUAAAAAUUUAAUUUGCAUUCAUCGUAGCAACUAUCGCAUUGAUUAACAAAUAAUACUAUGCUGAAUAUGUUAAACAAAAAUUUUAGUACGUGUAAGCCAUAGACAAAGUAUAGGUAUUUUCUUUCAUAAAAAUAUGGCAAUUGGCAAGAGCACGACACUAGUAUAAAAAAAAAAUCAAAACUCUUCAAUCAAAAUGGACGGGUGUUUUACGUGCAGAAUUUAAUUUAGUUCCACGUUAUUGCUAAGACUUAUCCCAGUCAAAAUGUAUAAUGGGAUCGGAUUACAGACUCCAAGAGGGUCAGGCACAAACGGUUACGUGCAAAGAAAUUGGGCAUCAGUAAGGAGAACUAAAGAUUCUGUCAAUUACCGCACAGAAGAAGAAAUCGCAAAACUAGACUCGGCGUCUAACAAACAACCAAAUCGCGAAAUACUUGAUCAUGAACGUAAAAGAAAGGUGGAAGUGAAAUGUACCGAAUUAGAAGAUAAAUUAGAAGAACAAGGGUUGCCGAAGGAAGAAAUUGCUGCGCGAGUGGCGGCCUUUAGAUCGAAGCUCUCGGAGACCAGCGGCGACAAGGAUGUACAAAGAGACGAAUACGGGAGAGUAGCCGUGCGCGAAACGCACGCGGUCGCCGAAGCGCAGCAGGAGAAGAACGCGCGGCUGCGCGACGCGUUCGGCAUCUCGCCGCGCUUCGUGGAGGGCACCAGCCUCGACCCGGAGCGGCGCGCGCGGGAGCAGGCGCAGCGGUACCCGCUGGUGAGGACGCCGAGCGCGGAGCGCGAGCGGGACACCCUGCUGGCCAAGAAGAAGAAGAAGAGGAGUACAUCACCAGAAACCAAGAAAUCGAAAAAGAAAAAGUCAAAGAAGAAUAAAAAGGACAAACACGAGUCCAGCAAGAAAAAGAAGAAGCGCUCCAAAUCGUCCGACUCGGAAUCUUCUAGCAGUUCUGAAGCCAGCGACACUGACAGCUCGGACGACGACAGACAGAAGAAAAGGAAAAAGAAAAAAUCAAGCAGUAAACGUCGUGCCAGCAGCGGCCCAUCCAGUCGGGACAGCUCGCCCGAGAAACAAGUCAAAGAGAAGCAAUCGAAACGUGGGGCGGAAACACAAGAAAAUGAUUCAAGGAAGAAAGUCCACCAUCGGGAAGAUCGAAAUCAUAGAUAUGAUGACUCAAAAGCCUCUAGAGAAGUCAAACGUCGAGACCGAAGCCGCUCAUAUGAACGACAAUCUUCACCCGACCAAAGGGACAGAAAUGAGCGCCAGUCACCGCAACGCAAACAAAAAUCCUAUAUCACCAAAGUGGAUAACCGGAAAAAAAUUGACAAAGAUGAUUUCGAUUUGGAAAGGCCAGUUGAAAAGAAUUCUAAACAUGGUCGACAAAGAUCGCCCUCGUCUGAAUAUGAGAGGGGUACGAGGAAUCAUGAUAAAAAAGAUAGACAGAGGAAAGAUUCGAGUGAGUCGCCGCCACCUGAAAAGAGACGACGAAGAAGCCCUGAAGAUUACAAUGACAGAAGAGAAGAUACUUAUUACCCGCGUGAUAAUAGAAAAAAAGAAACUUAUUAUCAGAUAGAUUCUAGGCGCGAUAAUUACCAAAGGGAUUCAAGAAGGGAUGACGCCUAUCAGAAAGAUCACAGAAGGGAUUACGACAGAAAUCGUCGUGAAAGUUCUUAUGAAAAUAAACGACCGGUAAGGAGGAGUGAAUCACCUGCUUAUAAAAAAAGGGAAGAUCAUAGAAAAAAUGAUAGAGGCGAUGAUUAUGAUAAGAAAAAAUCUGAUGUCAACGAUAAAAGAAAUUACAACGACGAUCGCCAUGAUAACGUUCAAACACGCAAAGAUAAAGAUCAUGCAGAAUUAAAACGGAAAAGGCGGAGAAGUUCUUCCAAAGAAAAGCGAGAAUCUUCCCGUCAACGUUCACCAAUAAAUAGUAAAGCUACUAAAAAAGAAGUGCGCAAAGAGCCAGAGAGAUAUUAUAAAAAUUCUGCGCCAGAAAGAUCACCUUCUGCUGAUUCUGACUGGGAGUCACCGCCAAGACAGAGACCAAGUACAGUGACAAAACCAACAAAGCCUUAUAUUCGUGAAAGAAGUGAAAGUCCAUCCAAGAGUAAAAAUAAGCGUAGUGUUUCACGAGAAUAUUCAAAAAAAGAUUCCUCUCCACAAAGGGAUACUGACAAGAAAUCUGAAAAAUAUAAAUCCAAAUCAGAAUCGAAACGUGGCCGCAGUCGGUCCGUCAGAAAAUCUCCAUAUCCGGAAGAAAACCACAAAGCAAGAGAAAGUCGUAGACGUACACGUACCAGAAGCAAGUCUAAAUCAAUUUCACCAUCAAAGAAGACGCCAAAGAAACGUAAGAAGAGUGCGACACCGAAAAGAAAGUCCGAAAGACGUAGUUCUUCUCUUAAACCAGAUCGCAAAGAUGGCCGGCGAUCGGAGGAUCUCAAAUCUAAUCAUGAUAAAGGUAAAACAGGGAAAGAAGAAUCUCAAAAAGAAAGAUCCAAGUCUCGCUCGAAUCCAAAAAGUCGAAGUUCUUCUAGUCUCAGCUACUCCCCAGCCCGACGCAGUCCAGAGCGCUAUCGUGAUAUCAUAGAAAAGUUACCAGAGAAAGAUAAGAGAAAGUACAUCAAAUCCCCGUCUGAUUUACAACCAAAGAAAAAGAAGAAUAAAGACACUGUUACUUUUAAACCCAUAACCGCGUGUAUGCUGAGCUCUUCUAGUGAAAAUGAAGAGUCUGAAGUAGAUUUCCUGCGAAUGGACGAUUGCGUUCGCCAGGAGGAUUUGAAUUUGAAGGAAUUGGAUAGGCUUAAGGAGAGACUGGCAAAAUUGACUAAAGCGUCCAUAGAACGAAACAGAUACGAGGAAGCGAGCGGGCCAUCUACAUCGCACGGUCGCAACGAACAGAACCUCGACGAAUGGGAAAUAGCAACAAAAUCUCCGAAGGAUAAGAAGGACGAGCCAAAGGCUCAAAUCAGCCCGAAGAAGAUUGACAAUCUAAGAAAGGAGAGUCCACUGAAAGUGGAGAGUUCACCGGACGCCAAGGAGCGAAAAAGGAGCAGAUCGCGCCGUAGUUGGUCGCGUUCAUCGCGGUCGCGGUCCAGGUCUCGCUCUCAGAGUCGUUCGCGGUCAGGGUCAAAGUCACAGUCGCGGGUGAAGUCCUCGCGGUCACGUACACCGUCACGGUCGAGGUCGCGAUCACACUCUCGCUCGUCGCGUUCAAGAAGCCGAUCACGAUCCUAUUCGUCAAGAUCUCGUUCAAGCCGGUCAAGCUCGUACAGCAGCCGGAGCUCGUCCCGUUCGUCUCGCAGCUCGUCGCGGUCCACGCGCUCUUCAAGAACAAUGACGGGCGUGUACGCGGAUUACCGCAGAUCGAGCGGGUCGCACCGAUCGCGGUCGCGGUCAAAGUCACGGUCACGGUCAAAGUCGCGGUCACGGUCACCGUCCAUACCGCGCAGGGCCGGCUCGCCCAGUUUCCUCGAUAGGAGACGUAUCACGAGCGCACGUAAACGACCAAUUCCAUACCGGAGGCCAACGCCAUCUUCACCUUCAAGUGUGAGUUACUACAGCAGUCGGUCUUCAGAGAGAAGCUGGUCUCGAUCUCCGCGCCCGGAACGCGAAUAAAAAUAGAAUAAUUGAUAUUUUUUGUCUAUGGUUACCUAUAUUAUGUCUAUGAUCGAAUUAGACCAACGUCUAUUAUUUAUAUCUUAUUUAAUGUGUUGGGUGUAAAAAUUCGUUAAUGUGUCACAGAAAAUCGGUAUCAGAAUUCUUUUUCCUGUAAUGUUCGGAACAUAUCCAUAUUUUAUUUUCACCAAUAACUAAUUUACUUAUAAUAAUUUCAGUUUACACCCAUCACAAUUUUCAUGAUACUUACUAGUCAUAAAUAAUUAUUGUGUACCAAAGUCUAGUCAAAUAUUAUAUGAUGUAAACUUUUUUUUUUACUGUCUAACUUAUUAUUUUUUUACAAUGUAACUUAUUCAUUUUUUUAUUCAUGUUAUUAAUUUAUUUUUAAUUGUUGAUAAUUUUAUUCCCUUUAGAUAUAGGAAAGGCACCAGAAUACUCAAAACAAUAAUAAGCUAAGUUUUAUUAGAUUAAUGUGCAAUAUAUUUAUUGAAUGUAUUUUAAAUCUCACUAGUCAAUAUACACUUUGUCAUGGAAGUGAUCCAUGCAAUGUUAUUGGUAUUUAAAUGUACGAAAUAAAUUUAACACUAUACAUAGCAAUGAUUGUUUUAAAAUAAUUGUAUCAUUGUAUAAAUGUACGAACUUAAAAGGUUGAAAAAUCAAAGACAAAACUUGAUUUAUUUGUGAAUAACUAUAAAAAAUAUGUAAUUAUCGAUGAUCAAUUUUUUUUCAAAUCACGAAUAACUUAUAAAUUUACUUUUUACGAUAAAUAAUUGCUCUUAUAGUUUAUAUUGAAGUAAACAUACAGUACAAAAUAAUGCAGAAUUCUAUACCAUUAUUAUCUAUGUGUGUAUCAUAUUUAAUUACUGUAUCUACUUAAAAUCCCUUGCUGUUUCUCUACCCUAGUGAAGUAAGCAUUUAAGUGUUAAUAAGCAAUAAAAGGAAAAGUAGAAUAAUACAAAAGAAUCAAAUUGAAAGUUUUAUUAAAAACAUACAAAUAUAAAACUUGCAAAUUCUUAAACAGUUUUGACUUUGUCAAUGUUUAAUAAACCAUAAAAAACUUGAUACAACAACAUUCAACAUUGGUUUUAUGUACAAUAAAAUAGAUAACUCAUUUAAUGUAAUUUUACUAACCUUCACUCAUCUAACCCUUCGAAAUAGCAAAUAUACAUAUUUUAUUACAUAUUUGUAUAAAAGCGUAUAUAUAUUUCUCAAAUAAUUACUUUAUACAAUUUAACCCUGAACACCCAUAUCAUUAUCCAAGAGGAAAUGUUAAAGUUAUGUUGGUAAGAAUUUUAUUAUGGUAAAUGUAAUUUAACAAAUGUUAUUUAAUUGUACUCACAUAUAUGAUAUUUUUAUUGUUGCAAUGUUAAAGACUAAAUUUGAAUCCUUAUAUAUGCAUUCAAAUGCAAGAGUAUUUUUUUUAUGUUUCACUAUAUUUAUGCCGCAAAGAUAACCCCCAUUGUAACCAUGCUAUAAAAAAUAUCUUAAAAUAUGCAAAACAUGUCUUAUCACAAUUAAAAGAUAACAAGCCUAAUAAAAAUUCUGUACCAA